AUGGAGACAGCAGUUCCCGCUCCCUCUACUCCGGUGUCGAGACCCCAGGUAUCAGAUCCAAACCUCGAUGCAUCCAGACAAACCUUUGAAGAAACCCUCGCACCAGACGUCAUCGCAGAACUAAGAGAAGCCCUCAAGUGGAAUUGGUUCAUCAUAGCACGCGACGAACACCGGCAACAGCUCCAGCACAACUGGUCACCUCCUGAUUCACGACGCCUCGGAUCUAACAUGAUUCGAUUGAUCAGAAUUCCACAGGAAAGAGGCGAUAGCUUGCCGGGUGUCCCUAAAUGGAGUGAGCCCUCGUUUUGCAAUAAAGCCACAGUCUUCUAUUGGAUGCAGUCAGCAACAGUCAAUGGGGGUGAUUCCGACGGACUUGUGAUCCUGGGAAGUAUUUGGAAUGCUUGGGCUGAUGCUCUAGGCAGGCAGCCACAGUUCCAACUUGAGGAUUUCUUCGCUGUGCCUGUACACGUUCCUUCAAAAGCCGCGAAGACCGUUCCAGAAAUACUGCGGGCGCAGAAGUACAUCUGUUCUCAGGUUCGAGGGACGUUGGAAAAGAAGGGAGAUGGGGCCGAGAGAGACCCAAGAUACUUCAGACUGCACCCACUUUGUGAAGCACUGACAGCAGUCUUCGACGAAUACAAGUAUGUGGGACCUAGCUACAGAAGGCAAGCAGACGGCUUCCGUCACUACGAUAACGUCGCCCAGCACCAAAGCAUUCUCUUGGUUCGAACUGGCAAGGAAGAUAGGCUUAGCGCACCGAUCAGCUUCAACUCUUUAAAGCAUAAAGCAUUGCCUCUUGGGAGAAAUGAGGAUAUGGGACUCAUUGAUAUCAUUCGUAUCCCUUUACAAGUUGGCGUCCGUUUUGUCGCUAAUCUGUUACUCCGUGAAGAAGCUGCAUUUCCUGAAUCGGUUUUAGGAGGAUCUUACAUAUCUAAGGAACCAAAUCAUCCAUUUGUAAAGUGUGAGAGAGAAGCAUUCGCCUGGGGAGAAGAACAGUUAGCAAGCUUACAGGAAGAUGGCAAGAUCUCAUCAUCUUCGACAGCGACUGAUGUGUUGCACGCACUGCUGCUCCACAACCGACAUGACAAAGACCCUGAAUAUUACGCUCCGCCUCCUUUCAAGAUUGACUGGGUCUGA